AUGGCGUUCGGAUACAGAAGGGGCUACAUCUUCUUCCUCUGCCUCCUCAUCAUCAGGAGUGACUUUUUUAGAGAGAGGCACACGAUUCGAAGAAACAUCAGGAGGGGGGGUCACAACAAGAGGCACACGGGAGAAAAGGAAAGGCCGAUUGCCCCAAUCCAGACGCAAUCUCUGAUACACAACAUCUCAGGUAGGCCUUUAGUACCUACAAAAGAGGGAACUCUGAAUAAGGGAUUAUCCUUUAUUCCUACACCAAACGUAGAAUGGCACCAAUAUGAUGUGAGCUUAUAUAAAUUUUUCAGACAACUUAAAUUACGUGCAUUUUUUUCCACAGAACAUACGACUACUCUCUCUAGCAAUAGAAGUAUUCAACACACACAGGGAAUCCAACAUGUGGAAGAAAACAUGGUGGGACACAACACCUCACAGAAUGAUCCUGAUGGGGUUCUACCGCUUGAGACAGGUUUGAUACCUAAAAGCACUUUUACACCACACAAUGUUAAUGCAUCAAUUGACUUAUUCACCAAUCUUGUGAAAAAGGAUGUUUACAAACUUAGGAGGAAACAUCAACAUACACAUAAACAUAGACAGCAGACUAUAAAUUUCACUAAACAAGAUUGGGCGAAUAUUAACAAUUUAAAAAAAGAUACAUCUAUUAUCAUUAAACCAGCAGAUAAGGGAGGAGCAUUGGUGAUUAUGGAUCGUACUUAUUACGUGGGAGAAAUUGAGACGCAACUAAAGGACAACACUAAUUACCUGGUUAUUAGUCAGGAUCCUACGCACAAUCUUAAGCAUACAUUAGACAGGCUCAAUCAAUGGGCACUGUCGAGAGGUAUUAUUUCAGAUGGAGAAUAUAGAUACAUGAACCUUAAAUACCCUAGGAUUCCAGUUUUCUAUACUCUCCCAAAAAUCCAUAAGAAUCCGCUCUUCCCUCCAGGUAGACCAAUAGUUAGUGGGACUGGUUCUAUAUUUCAACAUCCGGCAGAGAUUCUAGACAAGUUUCUGAUAAAAUAUGUUCCGUCCCAAAAAUCAUAUCUCAAAGACACUACUACCUUUCUUAAAUUAUUAGUAGAUGUACAGAUCCUGCCAGGUGAAUUUUGGUUGGUGACUAUGGAUGUACAGUCACUGUACACGUCUAUAGACCAUAACAGAGGAAUAGAGGCAGUUGACUGGACAUUGGAUAAGGACCCCAAUCUUACCCAACAGAGUGAUACUAGAAAGUACAUCAGGGAGUUACUGACCUUUAUACUAACAGAGAACUAUUUCCUUUUUAGGGAUAAAUAUUAUAAACAAAUUAAAGGAACAGCUAUGGGCUCGAAUGUCGCUCCAACAUAA